GCAUGUACAAAAGCGUCAGUUCUGCUCGGACUUUGGACACGUGAACAAGAUUUCAAGAGGAGAAAGUUUUUCUUUUGAUUGGUCCGCUCAUUGUAUGGAGCGAGAGAAGAGUGAAAAGCACGGAGAGAGCCCUGUGGAGCCGAUAAGCAGCUGCAGGGAUGAGAAUGGAUAUUUGCCGACGGUGGGUCGUUGGGGUAAUGAAUGGCCGAGUUGACUCGAGUCGGCAGAAUCAUGGUGCCAGCCACAGGGGCAGGCCCGGGGGCCCUGGAUCAGGGGUGUUCCGCUACCCCUGCCGGUUUGGGCCCAUUCUGAGUCUAAAACGUUGACCGUCGAUACUGUUGAACAGUAUGAGGAAUUAGCAGGCAGCGUGGAGCUGGAAACACAGCGUCUACUGCGCGAGCAUCGCUAUGAUACCAUUGGCAAUUUUCUAAGGUUCUAUAAGGACUUUAAAGAAAAUUCCGAACCAAUGGUGGAGCUUUUUUAUCAUAAAUAUCAACCUCUGAUAACGCGUAAACAUCAUACUUGUGUUGGUCUUGGAUUCGAAUUAAUCAGCAGAUUAAAUGGGCUUGAGGAGAGAUUUGCUGGUAUGACGAGUGGCCUUUACUUGGUAUCAUGUGAGGAGACAAUUGGUGAUAUUGAGGGAUACGUAGGUGGUCCGCCAGCAGCAGAUAUUGGUGAAAAAGAGCAUGUUCUUGUUUGUCUGAAGAUUAACAUCAAUGGACGCCACGGUGUAUUACUUCUCGAUCCUGGUUAUCAUGUAGCACGUGUUGUAACUGUUAUGGCUGAUAAAUUGUAUCCACACACUGGUUGGUUCACACAAUCAGAUGAGCCUGAAUGCAAAAAGGAGUACAAUUAUUCUCUCUGUACACAAGAUCCGGAUUAUGUUGAGUGGCACGAGAGAGAAACACGCCCUGGUGCCUUAGAGCGUACCCAAGUUGCUCUAAUUUAUGUUGCAAGACCGUAUUUAACUGCCAUUGAUGUUACUGAAAGAAGAAAUUUGGUAUACAACUUCAGGAGUUUAUUAGCCAGAGAUACUAAAGGCCACGUUACCGCCGGUCUAUAUUUUUCAUUGGUACUCGAUACUUCCAAAAUGUUUACCAUUUUCUAUCAAACUAACAGUGGAAAAAGGAAAGUCAAAAUGCCAUUCAACAAAUUUCGCACUUUAUCCAAGGCGUCCCUUACUGAUGAGGAACUCAACAUGAUUAACAAAUGUGCUCGACAAAUGGACCUAACACCAGAAGACAUGAAGAGUCUUUUGUCAACUUUGGCUAUUGUCAUCGAUGAUACGUCAUUUGUUGCCCAAGUACUUGCAAUUAAUUCAAGAAUUAACACCAUUGCUGAAGACAAUUAACAAGAACCAAAAGUGUCAAAUAUGUUUUUAUAUAUUAUUUUUGCUUGCUGCCCUCGUACAUUCGUUUCAUUAUUAUUGUUAUUACCGAUUAUGACUAUGAGUUAUUCAAGUCUUUACGACUCGAUGAAAAUGUAGAGAUUAUCAGUUCUUA